GUUAUAGACGUUUGGGAACCGCUCAAGGUACGCCUGGAGUCAUAUCUACCUUGCAAGAGUGCCAGAUUCUUGAUCUGGGGGGCGCCGAAUGGAUCUUGUGGUGUUCCAUAUAGCCGAUGGAGAGGCGUUCAAGCCCAGAUGGAUUUCAUCGUACUCUCCAUAUGUCUAAUGGAGGCUAGUUAGAACCUAGGACAUGCCCCCCUUGAAGGCACCAAGGCGGUUUAUGGCGCAUUUUUGUCGUUGUCCCUUUUCGCGGUGGCAAAUCACAUUAACCUUCUGCGGCCGACGCUCAUUUGACUCAUUCUUAUAUGACCCACUCGAUCAGAUGCCGAAAUCGACAAGUCAUUACAAGCAUAAGAAGGGUAGAAACGCUGGCAAUCCGAUGGUGUUGAAAGGGUCAAAGAAAAAGCCGAUGAAUACCAACCCUCAUGCGCCCAAGAGACCCUUGUCUGCUUUCAUGUUUUUUUGUGAGGAGUGGGAAAAACUUAUAAAGGAAGAGAAUCCCGACGCGUCAUCUCGUCAGUCCGAGCGCAUCCGCAAAUUCGGACUUGUUUGUUACUCACUUGAGCAUGGAAAGUUGAUCGGUGCAAGAUGGAAGGCAUUAGGGGACUUGGAUCGGGAGUACUAUCUUAAGCAAGCGGCAGCAGAUAAAGAACGUUACGACAUUGAACUGAGCUUACUUGUCGAUCCCCAGGAUCAUUCGGGAGAUGAAGAUGCAUCACAACCACGUCCUGUCAAGUCCGGCCAUCGCGAGAAAUGA